AUGGCUUCGAGGGAAGAUGGCUCAUCUGCGACGGCUAGUGCCGUCCGUAGCGCUCAUGCCGCGUAUGCAAUUCAAACCACCACUUCCAGCUGGAACUGGAGGCAGCGGCAGAUGUAUGGGGGGACACAACGACAGUACGAGCAGGAACUCGCGCUGGUCCUUGAGGAUAUCGCAAGGCACUAUGUUUACCUGUCCAAGAUCUCCUUUCCCCUGGAAUCUCUGCCCGGUCCACAACGAGGACUGAAACAGCAAUUUCUUCCCGUGGGAGUCUCGAUGGUCGUGGUGGAUAGUGCCAAUCCGAUCCGAUUCGUUUUCAGCACCCUUGCUACCAACAUCGCCGUGGGCAACACGGUCGUCGUUGCCAAUGGCUUCUCUCAGAAGUCGACGGCCUUCUGGAUGACUCUCAAGAGGGAAGCGCCCAAAUAUCUCGACUCUGCUGCCAUUCACAUCCUCGAGAAAUUCGAGGACGAUGUAACCGCGCUCCGAGAUGCCGACUUGAUAACCAUUUUCGCCGACGAUGCCGAACCAUAUCACGAAAUACUGAACCGGCCCAACACCAAUGCCCGCUUCGUCAAAACGACACCCGGUGCAAGCCUGGCCGUCGUGGACGAAGGGCCCAAAUCCCACGACGACAUCGCGAAGCAGGUCCUCGACAGCUUCAGCUUCAGAGGUAUCAGACCCGAGGCCGUCAAUGCAGUUUUCCUUCGACAAGACGAGAUCGCGCGGUUUCAGCAGAGUUUCAACGACAUAUCCGCUGGCACAGGGGUGGGGGUGGCCGACAAGAAGUCCGCCUCUGCAGAAUUCCAUCUGAACGGCUCUGGCCCUUUCUCCCCUGGUGUCUUCCGGGUCGACCUUGACACAUUAAUCCGCUCGGAUACGAGGCCACGAGGCUUGCAAGCUGCCCUCGACCAGGGUCGUCGAGCUGGCGUCCUGCUGGUCGUUGUCUACCGGACCAUCGACCACAUUAUAGAUGCCUUGCGCAAACUUCCGACGAAACCAGCGUUCCUGGCGCUCCUCGCGCCCUACAGCAAAGCCAACUCGGACUAUUUUGAGAAAUGGACAACAAGCGACGUCUACUCUCUGGGCUCUGUUACCACAGUCACCCCUCAUUAUUCUUCCUCCCAGCCGUCCGACGUCGUGUUCCCGCCCGAGCUCUUUGCAACAUCACGAGUCUCGAUGACCAUACCGACCGCAAAACCUCCAGCUGUGCUGGACGAAGUGGUGCAACGAGUUUCCAGCAUCGUAAAGAAGCCUGGAGAGGCCCCGAAUCAGACCGACGACUUCUUCAUCUACAUGGCCCGGCAGGCGAGGCGAGUCGGAAUGCUGUGUGCGGCGACACUUGGUGUCACUGGAGCAUAUUUCUUGUACGUGAGAAGACUGUCAAAGUAA